AUGAACGUAGAGGAUACAACGAAGCGUCUUCAUUUUCUUUGGGGCACUUCUCAUACUUUACUACCUACCGUCCACGGUUUAUUAGCUUUUUAUAUACAAAAAUUUACUCAAUGUGCAAUUAAUGAAGAUCUAAAUCUUGCCGAUGGUGUCAGGCGAAGAUAUUGUGCGCAUUGCGGAAGUAUUUUCGUCCCUGGGUUAAACACUCAGGUACGACUUGACGUAAAAAAGAAACGAAAAAGAAAGAAAUCAAAAACAGAUAAGGAAGAAACUUUUCAAGGCGUUGAAGAACGUAACACGCCUACAAAAACGAUCACUAUUAAAAAGAAACAGCGGAUUAUACACUUUGAAUCGUCAUUCUCUAGUAAUCAAACAAAUAGCAUUGCCACAUUUCAGAGCGAUUUAAAACAUGCCAAUCACCAACAGCGUCAAAAUCAUAAAAAUAUCUUAUCUUAUAUUUGUACUUUGUGUCAAACUGAGGCAAGAUUCGCUAGAAGUAGUGCUAUUAGAAAUAUCCUAUCCGCAGGUAAUCACAAUCAGCAAACGCAAGUUAUCAAUGUCACCACCACAACGCCUAUAUCGGUGACACAAACACCCGAAGUAUCUGGUAAAGGAUCAGUAUCGAUUCAAAAACAAAAUUUUGCUGAUAGCAAUAAACCAAAGAAAAAAAAGCAGAAAACUCAGCUUCAACAAUUAUUAGCCGAGGAAAAAAGAAAAGAAAGAUGA